AUGUUCGACCUCUUUGCCAUGCUCUUGUCCUCCAUCGCGUCGUUUCUGUUUCCGAUAUUUGCUUCGUACAAGGCGCUGAAAACCUCGGAUCCCGCCCAGCUGACGCCAUGGCUCAUGUACUGGGUCGUCUUCAGCAUCUGCCUGCUGGUUGAAUCGUGGUUCUCACUCGUCCUCUUCUGGAUACCCUUUUACGGCUACCUCCGCCUCCUCUUCUUCCUCUACCUCAUUCUGCCGCAAACCCAAGGCGCGCGGGUCCUCUACGAGGAACGAGUGCAUCCGUUCCUGCAAGACAACGAACACAGCAUCGACGACUUCAUCGCCCGCGCCCACGACCGCUUGAAGACGGCCGGCAUGAGCUACUUCAGGCGGGCCGUCGAGUACCUCAAGACCAACGUCCUCAACCUGCCGCCCUCGGAGCCGCAGCCCGCCCCGGCCGAGGCAGCGUCCUCCGCCGGGCCCCAGAGCUACACGCAGGCGCUGCUCGCCCGGUUCAGCGUCCCGAGGGCAAGGUGGGCCGGGGCCGCCAGCACCGGCAACGACUUUUACAACCUGCUGGCGAGCGCCGUCUCCGCGGCCACAAGCGCCGGCGGCUUCGCCGGCGCUGCGGGCGGCUCGUCGGAGAGAAGCAUGACGGACUCGGGGACCCUGAUCCCCCCCCAUUUGAGGGGUUCGGCCGAGAAGAUGAGCUUCAUCGCGGCGCAGCGCGAGCGUCUCACCAUUGUGCUGCGUGCGCUGGACAGGGAGGCUCAGCAGCUGCAGCGGCAGCGGGAUGGCGGCGGCGGCGCCCCCGACGUCGAGGACAGCGAGGCCGCCCAGAGACCGCCCAGCGGGCUGAGCACGUUCAGCGGGCUGACCAAGAGCCGCAGCGAGACGGACUUUGAAAAGGUCGAGGCGGAAAGCGAGGCCGAGGAAGACGUCAACCUGCGUCGCCGACACGUCUCGUCGGGAGCCGCGACGGGGGGAUCUUGGAUGACCUGGGGAUGGGGCAAUGGAGCCGACCCAGCUGCCGGUGCCGGUGCUGGUGCCGCUGGGUCAAAAGAAGACUAG